AUGGAUGAAUUUUUGGAAGAAUUUGAAUGGCUAUAUAAAGGUUUAAAUACAAGGUUCUUGGCAGAUAGACAAUUUGAAUGGAUUCCAUCAAAUUGGUUAAAUUAUUUUGAAAGCUUACCUUUUGAUAGUGUUAAAGAAUUAAAUAAUGCCCCAAGUGAUUUAAAGAAAUUUAUUGAAAAGGCAAAAAAUUUGUCAAUUCUAAAAGACUAUUCUUCUAUUAAUAUUUCAAAAGAAAAUGAAAUUUUACAUUCAACAACUUAUGGAAAAAAUAUUAAAAGUAAAAAAUUAUCUGAAAUUCUUAAUAUGGCAGAUCUAAUUUCAAAAUAUUGUAAAGAAUAUAAUAUUACAAGAAUUGUAGAUGUAGGAUGUGGAGUUGGUUAUUUAUUAAGAUCAAUUUUACUUUUUUGUCCAAAUAUAAAAUGUGUUGGUGUUGAGUGUGAUGAAAUUUUAUGUCAAAAAGCAAAAGAAAAAUGUAUUGAUAUUGAUAUUAUUAAAAUGAAAUUAAAUUCUUCUUGUGAUCAAAAUCUAAUAAGAGACAUUUUUUCUCUUUCUAAUCAUACUACUGCUAUUAUUAGUUUACAUGGAUGUGGUGAUUUACAAAGAACAAUAAUAGAUUUAUUUUUAUCAUUAGAUCGUAAAACUAAUCCAUUAUUAGUUACAGUUGGUUGCUGUUAUCAUAAAAUAAAAAAUUAUAAUGAAAAUUUGACAAAACAUGUUAAAUGGAGUGUAACAUCAUUAAGAUUAGCAUGUCAAGAAAGAAUUUCAAAAUUUAUGUUAUUAUCAAAUGAGGAUCAUGAGAAACACAUUAGAAAUUUUUUAGAUAGAGCAAAAUUAGAAUGUUUAUAUGAUUUUAUUGAUGUUAAAAGAGAAAAUAUUCCUAGAAAUGUUGCUAGAAAAAUAAAAUUUAAUGAAAUAAAAAAUUUUUAUGAUAUUAAUAAUAUAUUUAAUAUUAAUUAUAAUAUGAAUACUCACAAGAAAGAUAUUUUUUAUGAUAAAUUAGAAGAAAUUAAUAAAUUAGCUGAGAAAUCAAAAUGUUUUAUUGAACCUUUCACUAUGUUACAAUAUUAUAUGCAAGCAGUUUUAGAGACACAUAUUCUAAGUAGUCGUAUAGAUUAUAUAAAAUCAAAAACGAAAAAUAUAAAUGUUUCUUUAAUACCCAUAAGUGACAGCAUCUUGUCACCUAGGAAUAUGGCUAUUGUUGCAAUGAAAGAGUAG